CCUAAACUUGCUUACUAAGAAAAAAAAUCUAAAUCAAAAUUCUUCUUCACCGAGUCAGAUCUAAUUCAUCUCCAACCUUCGUUCCAUCGAAUCUAGAUCGAAAAUCUUCCGGCGAAAAACAAUGGCUCUCGAAUGGGUUGUCUUAGGCUACGCGGCGGCGGCUGAAGCGAUCAUGGUCAUCCUCUUGACGAUGCCGGGACUCGACGCUCUCCGCAAGGGGUUGAUCGCCGUCACGCGUAAUCUCCUGAAGCCGUUUCUCUCGAUUAUACCUUUCUGUCUCUUCCUGUUAAUGGAUAUCUACUGGAAGUACGAGACUCGACCUUCCUGCGAUGGCGAUUCCUGUACUCCUUCCGAGCACCUCCGUCACCAGAAAUCGAUCAUGAAAUCUCAGCGUAACGCACUUCUCAUCGCGUCGGCUCUCGUUUUCUACUGGAUCCUUUACUCCGUCACGCAUCUGGUGGUCAAGAUCGAGCAGCUUAACCAGCGGGUCGAGAGGCUCAAGAACAAGGAUUAAGCGUAGCCUUCGUCGUCUCUCGUCUAUUUUAGUGUUUGCUGCUUUAGAUUUUUGGUGUGUUUUUCUGCGUUUUUUCAGUGCCUUCUUCUACUCUCUCUGUUACUUUGUUUUCUGGAGAUUGGAAGGAUCUAUCUUACUUCAAUAUAUAUAUAUAUAUAUAUAUAUAUAUAUAUAUGUUCUUAUGCCUUCUUCAAUCGGUGUUUAGUCUCUUAUCUGUUACCCGUUUGGAUUAUAAUUUUAAAGUCAUCGUCUUUCUCAAUUGAUGAUACUUGCUAUGAAAUUUUCACACUUGAAGUCUUGUUUGAUGA